CCCACAGGGGCAGUGUCAGUGGCCAUGUGAAAACAACAAACAAUUCCGGCUCCUCCGCUAGCGACUGGCUGAAUAGUUUCCCGAUUCUACGAGUCUACGAUGGCGCGAUUACUCACAAGGGCAAGUGGUGUAGUAAUGGGUUACAUAAACCGGGCCGGGCACCGACCGGCACUAGUCGCGGCAUUGCGGCGAGACGGCGACCGUCGGUUACACAGCACGCAUUCCGACAGCGAUGCACCGGUAGCGCUGGAAACGAAUCCGUUUGCCAAAGAACAGAUACAGUGCAUCCUCUGCAAGCAUAACAUUAGCCCGGACUACAAGAACGUGCAGCUACUGUCGCAGUUCCAGAGCCCCUACACGGGACGCGUCUACGGGCGCCACAUUACCGGGCUCUGCAAGAGCCGUCACGAGCAGGUCGAGCGGGAGAUCAUCAAAGCGCAAAACGCGGGCCUGAUGCCCACCUACCACAAGGCGGUCGAAUUCCUGAACGAUCCGAAGCUGUUCGAUCCGGAGAAGGCGGUCCGGCCGCAUAAGUACUAGUGCUACCGGAUGGGGAAAUCUCACCACCCUCCCGGGGGCACACGCGUGACAUACCGCCGAAGUCAGCGAUCGAGCUGAAUGCAGUCGUUCAAAGAUGGUUCUUUAAAGCGUAAAAUGGUUGCUGUCAAGCUCAUGAAAGGAUCAUUAUAGAAUGGAAAUAGAUUUAUCUUUUUAAACAGGAAACCAGCAGAGUUCGUUCCUCGUAGUUGAGAUGUCAGA